AUGGCAGAGAAAUUAGUUAGAAAGCUACCGACGGUAAAGACCAUGUCACACAAAAAGAUUAAAUCAACAAUGUAUGUGAAGAGUGGAACGCCCUUCAAAAGUGCUACAAAGAGGAUAGACAAGCUUUUAAACCAGUGUCAACGAUAUGUUACUGUACUAGGAAUGGGUCACAGUGUUACCAAAACUCUUGCCAUUGCAACCACAUAUCAGGAAAAGCUGCACAAGGUACAGGUAAUGACCAAGACUAUUGAAGUAUUAGAUGAGGUAGUAGAAGACACAGAAAGCAUAGAUGAUAGUGAUAGUGAUAUAGAAACUAAACUCAAGAAGCGAUUAUUGAGCGGUGUAGAAGUGAGGAUAUUUAAAGUAUGA